AAUUGCUUUGCGGCCGGCACGGAAAUUGCUUUCCUUUCGGCUUCCGCUCCUGGCCCAUGUGAGAGACAGGCUGCAGAGAUGAGCGCGAGCCAGGCUGCGAAGAGCAGCCUUCUGGCUUUAAGCCAACAGGAAGAACUAGAGGAUUUGCCAAAAGACUACUCCUUGAGCACCAGUGAAGAUGAGGGAGACAGUGAUGGAGAAAGAAAGCAUCAAAAGCUUUUGGAAGCUAUCAGUUCCCUUGAUGGAAAAAAUAGGCAGAAGCUGGCUGAGAGAUCUGAGGCUAGUCUGAAGGUGUCAGAGUUCAAUGUCAGUUCUGAAGGAUCAGGAGAAAAGCUAGUCCUCUCAGAUCUGCUCGAGCCCAUAAAAACUUCAUCCUCAGUGGCCGCUGUGAAAAAGCAGCUGAAUAGAGUCAAAUCAAAGAAGACUGUGGAGUUACCCCUUCACAGAGAGGAGAUUGAGCGGAUCCACAGGGAAGUGGCAUUCAACAAAACCUCACAAGUCCUCUCCAAAUGGGAUCCCGUCGUUCUGAAGAACCGGCAAGCAGAGCAGCUGGUUUUUCCCCUGAGCAAGCCGCAGUCGGCCUUCGCUCCCAUCGAGCACGUGCUCAGUGGCUGGAAGGCACGAACUCCCCUGGAGCAGGAGAUUUUUAACCUCCUCCAUAAGAACAAGCAGCCGGUGACAGACCCUCUGCUGACUCCCGUGGAAAAGGCCUCUCUCAAAGCCAUGAGCCUGGAAGAGGCGAAGAUGCGCCGAGCAGAGCUUCAGAGGGCACGUGCCCUGCAGUCCUACUAUGAGGCCAGGGCUCGAAGAGAGAAGAAAAUCAAAAGCAAAAAGUAUCACAAAGUUCUGAAGAAAGGAAAGGCCAAGCAGGCCCUAAAAGAGUUCGAGAAGCUGCGGAAGGUCAAUCCUGCAGCAGCAUUGGAAGAACUGGAAAAACUCGAAAAGGCCAGAAUGAUGGAGCGAAUGAGCCUUAAGCACCAGAACAGUGGGAAAUGGGCAAAGUCAAAGGCAAUUAUGGCCAAAUAUGACCUGGAGGCUCGCCAGGCUAUGCAGGAGCAAUUGGCCAGGAACAAAGAGCUGACGCAGAAGAUCCAGAGGGCCUCCGAGAGUGAGGAAGAGGAGGGAGGCGCCGAGGAGGAGGGUGAACCCCUUGUCCCAGACGUGGUGAACGAGGUGCAGGCGAAGGUGAACGGACCAAACCCCUGGAUGUUCAGGAAUCACUCCAGUGAUGCAAGAGAGGCCGAGGUCCAGGAGGGCCCUGAAGAAGGUGCAGAGCCUGCGGGCCACGAGGCUUCUGAAAGCGAGGAAGAAGGGCCAGGGGCAGAGGAAGACAUGCUGUUGAAGGAAUUCGAAGAAAGGCGAUCGCUUAGACAAAAGUCUGGACUCAACGGGCCUGUGGGCGGCCCAGAAACAAAAGAUUCCAGCAGCCAGGAGGUGCUAUCCGAAUUGAGGGCACUGGCCCAGAGACUCAACAAGGAGAACCAUCGGUCCGGGAGGCAAGAAGUGAGUGCAGCGAGGAAGGGGACAGUCCUGCAGGUCCAGAGAGAGGAGCCUGCCGAGGAGGAAGAGGAGCCCUUGUUGCUGCAGAGGCCAGAGAGAGCACAGACUCUGGAGGAGCUGGAGGAGCUGGGCAGAGAAGGGUGUUUACAAAAUGAGGAGCUUCCCCGAGCUGCGGUAGAAGAGCAGCAGUUGGAGACGAACCCAAAUAAUCAUCUUGGUGCUACCCCCAAGGAGAAGAAAAGGAAGGAGCAAAUGAUAGAUCUCCAGAACCUCCUAACCACAAAGUCUCCUUCCGUGAAGUCCUUGGCAGUUCCCACGACAGUAGAGGAGUUGGAAGAUGAAGAAGAGAGAGAUCAAAGGCAGAUGAUAAAGGAAGCUUUUGCUGGGGAUGAUGUCAUCAGAGACUUCUUGAAAGAGAAGCGCGAAGCUGUGGAGGCGAGUAAGCCAAAGGACGUGGACCUGACUCUGCCUGGCUGGGGCGAGUGGGGUGGUGUGGGCCUGAAGCCCAGUGCCAAGAAGAGACGCCGGUUUCUCAUUAAAACUCCUGAGGGUCCGCCAAGAAAAGACAAGAAUUUGCCAAAUGUGAUUAUCAGUGAGCAGCGGAACAUCCAUGCGGCAGCUCAUCAGGUACGGGUGCUUCCAUAUCCAUUCACACACCAUCAGCAAUUUGAAAGGACCAUCCAGACCCCUAUAGGAUCUACAUGGAACACCCAGAGGGCCUUCCAGAAGCUGACUAUGCCCAAGGUUGUCACCAAGCCAGGCCAUAUCAUUAAGCCUAUAAAAGCAGAGGAUGUGGGCUACCGGUCUUCCUCAAGGUCGGACCUCUCUGUCGUACAGAGGAAUCCAAAACGACUUUCCAUCCGUCACAAAAAACAGCUGAAGCAAAACUCUGUAGAUUGAUUGCUUGAAUAAUCACACCUCGGUGCCCGGAACCAGGAGCCCCGACUGCUCCUCCACUGGCCCGGUUUUACUCCGAGCUGCAGGAUCAGUUCCAAAACUGGCUUAGCACACCAUGAGUGUAGUUAAGCCACAUUUUAGAAAUAAAGGCAUGUUUAAUCUA